CAAGAACUAGGGUUUAAUUUUCCCAUUUGCCUUGUCUGCGGCGCGCGCUCUCACACACAGGGAUAGAGAGUGGAAGAGAGGGAGAGCAAGGAGGAGCUAAGCAGCACUUUGAUAUAGCAACACAAUGGCUCGGGGUUUGAAGAAACACAUGAAGAGGCUCAAUGCCCCAAAACAUUGGAUGUUGGACAAGCUAGGUGGUGCUUUUGCACCAAAGCCAUCAUCAGGUCCCCACAAAUCAAGGGAGUGUUUACCCUUGGUUUUGAUUAUACGUAAUAGAUUGAAAUAUGCUCUCACAUAUCGUGAAGUCAUUUCUAUCCUGAUGCAACGCCAUGUUCUUGUUGAUGGAAAGGUGCGGACUGACAAGACGUACCCUGCUGGUUUUAUGGAUGUCGUGUCAAUGCCCAAGACGAAUGAGAAUUUCCGUCUGCUCUAUGACACCAAGGGCAGAUUUCGGCUUCACUCAAUCAGGGACGAGGAGUCUAAGUUCAAGCUAUGUAAAGUUCGAUCAGUUCAGUUUGGGAAGAAAGGGAUCCCUUACAUCAACACCUAUGAUGGGAGAACUAUUCGCUAUCCUGAUCCGCUCAUUAAGGCUAAUGACACGAUCAAGCUUGACUUGGAAUCAAACAAGAUAGUUGAUUUUAUCAAGUUUGAUGUAGGCAACGUCGUCAUGGUCACUGGUGGAAGGAACAGAGGGCGUGUCGGUGUGAUCAAGAACAGGGAGAAGCAUAAGGGAAGCUUCGAGACCGUUCAUAUCCAGGAUGCUCUUGGUCACGAGUUUGCAACUCGUUUGGGUAAUGUGUACACAAUCGGGAAAGGUACUAAGCCAUGGGUGUCACUACCAAAGGGCAAAGGUAUUAAGCUGACCAUCAUUGAGGAGGCCAAGAAGAGACUUGCUGCUCAAUCCGCUACUACUGCCUAAAAGAAUAAUAAAUUUCCUCGCUCCAAACUGCCCCAAGUGGAUGUACCCUCUAAAUUUUCAUUCACUGAGUUGCUAUCAUUUUGUUGCAUUAGAAUUUUUGCUGGAUAUUUGUUUUCAAUAGACAUUUUAUACAGUUUUGAACUACAACUUAUUGGCUGUGUAUGCCUGGACUUAUCGAAUGUCGGCUGUUAA